AUGUCUGAGAAGCGACCCGAUUCAUUGAUUGCCAACAAGGGCUUGGAGUUGUUGACGUUUGGCACCCCGAACGGCCACAAAGCGAGCAUUAUCCUCGAAGAGCUGAAAGAGGCUUACGGAAAGCCAGACUAUGUUUGGCAAUCGAUCCACAUCGGCCAGAACAUCCAAAAAGAGCCGUGGUUCACUGAGAAGGGACCCAAUGGACGUAUCCCCGUCCUCGUAGACCAUGAUAACGGUGGACUUGGUAUCAUGGAGGGUGCCGCAAUCCUCUCGUACUUGACACGACACUUCGACCCUGAGCACAAGUUGUCCUUCACGCAGGACCCAGAGCUUUCGCUUUGCGAACAAUGGGUUGCAUGGCAACAUGGCGGUCUUGGUCCGAUGCAGGGGCAGGCCAACCACUUCUAUCGACUCGCUAAAGAACGCAUCCCUUACCCCACCCAGCGCUACGUCGGAGAGACCGAACGUCUGUACGGUGUACUCGAUAUUCGCCUCAAGGGUCGUGACUACCUUGUUGGAGAUAAGUACUCCAUCGCUGACAUCGCCAACUUUUCGUGGGUGAACGUGGGAUACUUUGCAGGUGUAGACCUCGAGCAAUUCCCCAACCUUUACAAAUGGUGGGAACGCAUCAACGCCAGACCUGCUGUAAAGAGAGGCGUUGCGAUCCCCAACGAGCCCACGAUCACCAACGAGCCGUACAAGAGGAGGAUAAAGGAAGAGCCGGAGUUCAAGCAAAAGGAAGAUGAGCUUGCCGAGCUUCUCAAGAAGGCGAAGGAGCAAUAUGAUUACAAGUUCUCGGCACCAUGA